UUCUAUUUAAGGUUUUUUUUUUUUAAUUUACAAGUCUAACAAAAUUAAUGACACGUCACCGUUGAAACUUGAAAAUUGGAAAGGAUAGUACUCUAAUAAGUAGGGGAAGAGAAAAUAGAUCUGAAGCUUCGUCGCGAAAAAAAACAAAACAUUUUGAUUCCAUUCUAUCCAUAAUCAAUAGCAGCUUUUGUUCUCAGUUCUCAUGGCUUUGAGAUCUGGUUCAUCUUCCUUCACCUACGAUCUGUUCCUCAGCUUCAGAGGCUCUGACACACGCCAGGGUUUCGCCGCCAAUCUCUACAAAGCUCUUGCUAACAGGGGAAUCUACACUUCCAUCGACGAUGAGGAGCUUCAGAGUGGAGAGGAGAUAACACCGACGCUUCUGAAAGCAAUUGAAGAGUCCAGGAUUUCCAUGGCCGUGCUCUCUGUAAACUAUGCUUCUUCCUCGUUUUGUUUAGAUGAACUUGCAACCAUCUUUGACUGCGCCGAGAGGAAAGCACUGUUGGUUUUUUAUAAAGUGGAACCUUCUCACGUGCGACACCGGAAAGUUAGUUAUGGAGAAGCGUUGGCUAAGAAGGAAGAAAGGUUCAAGCAUAACAUGGACAAGUUGCCAAAAUGGAAGAUGCCUUUUUAUCAAGCAGCUAACUUGUCUGGCUAUCAUUUCAAAGAUGGAUAUGCACAUGAAUAUGAGUUCAUUGGGAGGAUGGUUGAGCAGGUCUGCUGCAAGAUUAAUCCCACUUGUUUACAUGUUGCGGAUUAUUUGGUUGGACUAGAGUCACAAGUGUCAAAAGUAAUGAAGCUUUUGGACGUUGGAUCUGAUGAUGGUGUCCACCACAUGACAGGGAUCCAUGGUAUGGGUGGAAUAGGGAAAACAACACUUGCUCUGUCUGUAAUUUAAUUGCUAACUGUUUUGAUAGUUCAUGUUUUCUUCAAAAUGUAAGAAAAAUCAAACAAACAUGAGCUACAACAUUUCCAAAGCAUCCUUCUUUCAUAUAUACUUGGAAAGAAGAAAAUUAAGUUAGCAAGUGAGCAACAAGGAGUUUCAAUGAUACAACAUAGACUCCAGCGAAAGAAGGUUCUCUUGAUUCUAGAUGAUGUUGACAAGCUCGAGCAAUUACUUCCAUUGGCUUUGGAAGUAAUAGGUUCCAACUUGUUUGGAAAAAAUACAAGAAGAACCAAAAUCUGUCAUCAAACAAUGUAAACAAAUUCUUACUAUUCAAAUCCUAGAGAUACUUAAACUAAGCUUUGAUGCAUUGGAAGAAGAAGAGAAGAGUGCUUUUCUUGACAUUGCUUGUUGCUUCAAAGAAUAUGGACUUAUAUUGCUUUUCUUGACAUUGCUUGUUGCUUCAAAGGAUAUGCAUUGAUAGUGCUUUGCUUGACAUUUGUGCGUUGAUAAAUGUUGAAGAUAUACUUGGUGCUCAUUAUGGUGACAACGUGAAAUAGUAUUGACAUAUUGGCUGAAAAAAUCUCUCAUAAAGGUUAGAGAUGGUAGAGGUACAUUGCACGACUUUAAGACAUGGUUACAAAAAUUGUCACUCAAGAAUCACCAAGAGAACCAGGGAAGCUAUAAUUCAAGUUUUGGAAGACAACACCUUGAGUGAGACUCAUGAAUGAUUUGGUUUCUUAUCUUGAUUUAUCUUUUUUUGACUAUCAUAUGUUCACAUCAUAAUUGCUUUUUUCUUUAUAUUAUGCAAAUUUCUCUAAAAACGUUUAUUGAAGUCUUACAUUGUGGUUGAUUUCUGCCUUUGUAUUAACAGGGAACUAGUGAAAUUGAAAUCAUAUGUCUAGAUUUCUCCAUAUUUGCCAAAGAAAUAGUAUAAUGGAAUAGAAAGGCCUUCAAGAAGAUGAAAAACCUCAAAACACUUAUUAUUAGAAAUGGAAAAUUUUCCAAAGGUCCCAAAUAACUUGAGUUGGAUGGCUUAUCCAAGGCAAGUUUAAAGAGUACAUCUUCCUCAUCUUGUAAAUCAAUAAAUUCACUUUAUGAUUAUUCGUUUGGUUCUUAUUUUUUCCCCUUUAUUUUCUUUGCAGAAGUUUGUGAAUCUAACAGUUUUGAAUUUUGGCCGGUGCGAAUCUUUAAUUACACAAAUACCUGAUGUGUCUGGUCUCCCAAAUUUGGAGGAACUUUUAUUUGAAUUUUGUAAGAAUUUAACUACAGUUCACGGUUCCAUUGAUUACUUGGACAAACUUAAAAUAUUGAGUGCUUUUAAUAAAUGUACUGAACUUGGAAGUUUUUCA